AUGCUCAAUGAAGUCGUUAAAAAGUCCGGUAACUCCCAGGAAAAGAUAGCCACCAAGCUCAAGACUAUCAAAGAGGAGAUGAAGAGAGUGUCAAAAUUGCCGAGUGAAGUCGCUGUCAAGCCGGUUACCAGCAUACUGAUCGUGCCAUCAGUCGAGCUUGUUCAACAGACAAAUGCCACAAGCCUCAUCAAGAAGCUAGAUCAAACCUUCACGCAUCAGAGUGUUGGCGAACAUCUCGAGCAUAUUAUUCGCAUAAACACCAGCCCACACCCCCAGGAAAAAUACGCUGGUAUUUACGCGAUAUUGUGCGAAUACGGAACUCUCGAAAAGACCAGAAUUAAUAGGAGGCUGGACGCAGAAAUGCUUCAAAUCGUUCACGGAGCUAUCAAUACAGCCAAAUCAGCAGUCGCAGAUUUUGAUGAAGACCCGUCGGGAUGGAUCUUGCGGGAGGAUAUCCAUAUACUGCUGCAGCAUUUGAAGUACGAAGAAGGCGAAAGGGAACGGCUUCAGAAGGACUUGACGGAGGCCUGGAUGAGAGCACGAAGAGCGCAGGUGGCCCUGAGUGGCUUAGACCAGAUGUUUGGCGAACUAUACGGGGACACGUGGAAACAUGUGGAAGAUGCAGCUGAGUGCGCCUAG